GACAAGUGACGCAAAUAACCUGUGUGAGUCAAUUGCGUCAUUUCUUUCUUUACCGAGUGACGCAAAUGACCAUUACGACUUAUAUUAAUUCUCGCUGCCUUCUGCUGUUCGAACUUCAAUACUCCAAACCCUAGAAAAUUCAACCCCAAAAUUCCCAGAAAUUCAACAUCAAAACCCCAAAAAAUUGAUCGGUAAAACCCCUGAAUUCCCCAUUGCUGCUUUCCUGCUGUUCAACCCCCUAAAUAUCAGCAAAUUAAGAGUAAUACCUCACGAAAUUCGUCUUCAUAACCUACCAAUUUGACCACUAAUAAAAAAUCCCAGCAAAUGUGAGGCAAAACCCCUUAUAUUCGAGCAAAUCCGAGCAAAAAUCCCCUACUUUCUUGCAAAAAAUCUACCCAAAAUCUCCACGAAAUUCAAUUACAAAAAAUCGAGCAAAUUACCUUAAUUAAAUUUGAGCAAAAUAACAAUUGAAAGUUAGGGUUUGUACUCAAUAAUAUGGAAUUUUGGCUCUAUUGUUGCUGAAGUUGCAUAUGCAAAAUCGAUUUCAAGCAAGGGUAAUGGAUGAACUACCAGAAGCAAGGAUUGCUUUUAUUGGUGAUGGUCCUUAUAGUUGGGAUGACAGGGAGCUGGUUCUGGUUGCUGUUCUAACAGGUUUUGCUGCUGUGUUCUGGUUUCAGAUGGUUGUUGCUGUUCUGAUUUCUGAAGUCCGUAGCAACUGUUUCUGCUUGCUGCAGCUUGAAUUCUGGGUGGCAGCUGUUUUUCAAGUGCUUUGGCAUUGGCUGCAUUGUUGCUGUUUCUGCAGUUGCUGUUCUGGCAGACUGUUGUUGUUUCUGCAGUUGCCUUUCUGGCAGACUGUUGCUGUUUCUGCAGUUGCUGAUUCAGGUGCUGUUGCUGCUGUUUUGGUUUGCUGUUGCUGUUUCUGGUUUGCUGCUGUUUCUGGUCAGCAAGUUUGACAGCAAGUUUGCUGCAGCUUGGGUGCUGAUGUUGCCUUUUUGUUUUGGCAGCUGGUAGUUUGGUGUUUUUCUCUUGUUUUUUAGUGCUCUUGUUUCUGUGUUUGCUCGUUUAAGCUAGUUUUGGUGUUUUCAGCUGCUCUUUUUGUCUAUUUUUUGUGCUGGUUCUGUCUAAGGUGUUCUUGUCUGGUCCUGGCUCUCAGAACCCUUCCUAGAAGGUGGCUGUGAGCUUGAGUCCAUUAGGUGUCCUUGUUUCUCUCAAGCACCCUUCCUAGAAGGUGGUUUGGGUAGAUUCUUGGACUGUUGGUGUUGGUUUAGCCUUUUUUGUCUAUGGUAUUUGGUGUUGUUACAGCUUAGCUUCUUGUAAGUUGUAACUUUCUUAUUUUGGCAAUAAAACUCAUAUUUUCCAAUAA